AUGGAACCCAGACAGAAGAAUUGCUUCGAUGAUUUUGAUAAGUCAUACACACCGAACUGCGGAGAUAAAGGUCUCGUAAGCGUGAAGUCAUCAGCAGCUAUGUCUAAGAAAUACAGGAAAUUCCAUAGCAGCUUACAGGAGUACGGAAACAAUGCAUCUUUUCAUGGAUUGCAUUUUGUGACAGACCCAUUGUCUAAUAAACCUAGAAGGUUAUUCUGGCUGCUUCUCCUGUUGGUUUGCCUAGCUGUUUUAGUUUAUCAAAUAAUUGACAGAGUCAUAUACUUUUAUUCAUACCCCGUCACUGUAAAUGUAAAAGUCAACUACAACAGAACACUGGAGUUUCCGGCAGUCACGAUCUGUAACCAAAACGCAUACAAGUAA